AUGCGGUGUCCUCUCUACAGUUCUGCAGUAUAAAAAGAGCAGGGUGAAAUGGUCAGGUACCACUGUCCUGCCUGACUCGACCCAAGAGGACCAUGAAGAGAGUUGCUUCAUACGUUUUCUUUAUUGUCCUUUGCGGUUUGGCAUUGUCCCAGCCGGAGAAAGACAGAAAAUGUUUGAGGGAGAAGGUCAUCACAUUCCCAGAGCUGACCACCAACAGCUGGGUGCAGCUCCACCCGAAUGUAUCCAUGGAUCUGUCUGAAAUCACAGUCUGUUUGCGAUUCUACACUGAACAAGCGAGUCCCAGCCCAUGUCUUUUUUCUCUGGCUACACCGUCCAACCCUCAAGACUUUUCUUUACGUUGGUCAGGUGACAGCAAACUGUACCAGUUGUUUAUUCAUAACACCCAGGUUGACUUCAAAGGGUUGAUGUUUAACAUGAAUCAGUGGAACUCAGUGUGUGCGACCUGGGAUGCCAAAAGUGGUCUUGCACAGAUGUUUGUAAAUGAAGUAGCCAGCAUUAAGAAGGCAGUGGGCACUAAAGUAUCUUUUAAAGGAAACCCUGUCAUCGCACUUGGCCAGUAUCAGACCCAGUAUGGUGGAGGGUUCCUCCUACCCUCUACCUUCACAGGUUUCUUAGCAGAUGUGCAUGUGCAUGGACAAGUCCUGAUCACCCGUCAGAUUAAGACCUACAUGGAGGCAAAGUCCAAAUACAAGCUUGGUGAUUACAUUAACUGGCACAAUCUGAUGUACACCAUUACUGGGUCUGCACAAGUGGAAGAAAAGCAUCAAGUAACAUUCUAUACCAAAGAAGAGCAGCAAUAGUGCUCUGUUGUACUGAACUGUUGAUGUAAUGGCACGAGAAAAUAAUAAACAUCUUGACAGUGAA